AUGGCCUCACUGCCUCUGCUCGUGUGUUUCAUCCUUUGCACCUACAACUCCCUCGCUCAUGGAGGCAACGAGGAGGAGCACGUGCUUGUAGCGGUGCCAACCAGCAGGUACUCUGAGCCAGCAGCAACAUGCUCCACGUCGUGGCUGGACGAGGGAAGCAACACUGUGUCCGUGCCACUGGUGCACCGCCACGGCCCGUGCGCGCCGUCGACGCGGAGCUCCGACGAGCCGUCCUUGAGCGAAAGACUCCGCCGAAGCCGUGCCCGCUCCAAGUACAUCAUGAGCAGAGCGUCCAAGUCCAACGUGAGCAUCCCGACACACCUGGGCGGCUCCGUGGACUCGCUGGAGUACGUGGUCACCGUGGGCUUAGGCACGCCGGCCGUGUCGCAGGUCCUCCUCAUCGACACAGGCAGCGACCUGUCGUGGGUGCAGUGCGCGCCCUGCAACUCAACCACGUGCUACCCGCAGAAGGACCCCCUGUUUGAUCCGAGCAGGUCUUCCACGUACGCUCCCAUCCCCUGCAACACCGACGCGUGCAGGGACCUCACCCGCGACGGCUACGGCAGCGACUGCACCAGUGGCAGCGGCGGCGGCGCCCAAUGUGGAUACGCUAUCACGUACGGAGACGGCUCGCAGACGACGGGCGUUUACAGCAACGAGACACUGACGAUGGCGCCUGGGGUCACCGUCAAGGAUUUCCACUUCGGGUGUGGCCACGACCAGGACGGUCCCAACGACAAGUACGACGGCCUCCUGGGUCUCGGAGGCGCACCGGAGUCGCUCGUCGUGCAGACAUCCUCGGUCUACGGCGGCGCCUUCUCCUACUGUCUCCCCGCUGCAAACGACCAAGCGGGGUUCCUUGCCCUCGGCGCCCCGGUCAACGACGCAUCCGGCUUCGUGUUCACGCCGAUGGUCCGAGAACAGCAGACAUUCUACGUGGUGAAUAUGACCGGCAUCACCGUAGGUGGGGAGCCGAUCGACGUCCCGCCGUCGGCGUUCUCUGGGGGCAUGAUCAUAGACUCCGGCACGGUCGUCACCGAGCUCCAGCACACUGCGUACGCCGCGCUGCAGGCCGCGUUCCGGAAGGCCAUGGCGGCGUACCCGCUGUUGCCGAACGGAGAACUGGACACCUGCUACAACUUCACCGGUCACAGCAACGUCACCGUGCCGAGGGUUGCACUCACGUUCAGCGGUGGCGCCACCGUCGACCUCGACGUCCCCGAUGGCAUUUUAUUGGAUAACUGUCUGGCUUUCCAGGAGGCAGGACCGGACAACCAACCUGGAAUCCUUGGCAACGUGAAUCAGCGCACACUGGAGGUGUUGUACGACGUCGGUCAUGGUAGAGUCGGAUUCGGGGCUGAUGCGUGCUGA